GUCCUGAAGGGACGUCACUAACUUUCGUACUUCGAUAUCGUAACAUACGAACUUUUCGCUUCACGAACGCAAUUUUGCGUAUGAAUAGUGUUUUUGUUUAAAUUAAAAAAUAACAAAGCAAAUCAAUAUAGUAAAGUAGUGAAUUAUAAGUUGUGACAAUAAAGAUAGACAUUAAUAAUUUGUGAAAUAAAAAGGAAAUAAUGUUAUUCAUUCUUCUAACAGCUAUUUUAUUUGCAAACAGAGGAGGUGCACAGCUAAGCGAGGACAGCUGUGAUGCGAGUGAGUUAAAAACGUGUGUGGAGUCGACACCGCGGACCCCUGUGGGGUUACCGAGGACCAAGGAAGAACUGGAUGCACAUUGCACGGCGUACCAAACCGGCAUGGCGUGCAUGGACGCUUGGAUCAAGAAAUGCUUACCCACUGACGGACAGAAGCUUGUGCAGCAGCAGAUAGGGGGCGCCCGAGUCCUCAUGAGGUUCCUGUGCACCAAUGAUACGGCCCUGCGAAGAGACUUCCUGAAGGAGCCAUCUUGCUGGGCAAUAGUAUCGCCCGACUGGUCACGCUGUGUAGACGAGCUACAGAUGGCGGUGCGGGACAUCUCUGAGCGCUCACAGAACCUCGUCUACUUCAACAAAAACAGUGAAAUGUGUUGCGCCCGCGACGAGUUCGUGUCGUGCGUGUCGCUGGCGGGACGCGCAUGCUCGCUGGCGGCCGGCACGCUGCUGCGGCGCAUGGCGUGGGUGCUGGCGCAGGACGUGGCGGCGUGCAACGCGCAGACGAGGGCUCACUGCGCUGCGCCCUUGCCGCCAUUGCCUGCGCUCGCCGCGCCAUUGCUCACCGCCAUCUCAGGAGCCCUUCUUUACCCGCCUCGACUGUAAGAAUAGUCGUGCUCGAUGGCGUUGCAUGCAUGCCGCUGCUGCGGCGCAUGGCGUGGGUACUAGCACAGAACAUGGUGGCAUUGUCCGCGCUCGCCGCACCACUGUUCACCGCCAUCCUUUACGCACGCCAUUGACGAUCAAUUAUUCUCACGUUUCUGCAGCACCCACGACUAAAAUUAAUCGUGUAUUGGUCGCUGUGCAUGACGGCUCGACUUAUAAAACGUCUUCGCUGCCGUUUGCCCUGCAGAAACGUGACAAAAAACGUGUCAAUGGCUGACUUUACUCGCCUCGACUGUAAAAAUCAUAGAUUUACGAUUCGGUACAAGUACCUAAAUAAUGUGUGAAUGUUUUAAAAAAAUUAAACUGCCAUGACGUUAUGUCAUGACUUAAAACUGUGACUGAUUAUGUCCAAAGCUGUCGAAAACACAAGAUUCUUUUUCAAGUUAGAAAUAAUCAUUUGUGAUGAUUUUAAUUUUCAAAUUUGAUUACAUUAUGUACCUAACCUAAUUGUUUUUUUUUGUCUUUUUACUUCCAAAUAAAUCACGUAUAUAAUUUUAAUCAUGAUAAAUUGUACCUAUCAUUGUAGUACGAAAAAGAACUUUAUAAAAAAAUCUAAAUUCAAAAUAUAAUAUAGUCCCAAAUUGUAAAAUACCAUUGUGAACCAAAUGCGAACGUUCUCGGGGCCAGGAAUGGACUGUCAUCAUUGUAAUAUUACAUACACAGUACUCGUAUCACACUAAUAUUUUAAGGCGAAAGUCUGUGUGUGUGUGUGUGUGUGUGUGUGUGUGUGUGUGUGUGUGUGUGUGUGUGUGUGUGUGUGUGUGUGUGUGUGUGCAGCGCCGGACCAAGGUAAAUUUUAGAAUGGAGCGAGAUCCAAUUAUGGCGCCUUUCCUGUUUGCUCCUAACAUUAUAUACUAGGGACGUUUGAAAAGUUCGUAGCCUCUUUACCAUUUCGGCGCCCCCUAGGAUUUGGCGCCUGGAGCGACCGCUCCGUUCGCCGUAUGGACGGUCCGGCCCUGUGUGUGUGUGUGUGAGUAAAUGUGUAUGUAUGUAUAAAUUUUCCUCUAGAUUACAUAGGCUACUUUUCAUCCUUUAAAAAUCCAUGGUUCCCGCGGGAUUUGUGAAAAACAUCCACGCGAACAAAGUCGAGGGCGUCCGCUAGUACUCUUGGAGAUACAAUAUAUUUCAUGAUAUAUUGUACCUAAUUGACUACGCUAUAGAGCAUAGGUUCUCAACUUUCUUUGGCAACCGCCUUCGUUGAGAAUACUUCAUCCGUAGCGUCCAAUUUCUUAAGAUCUUUAUUUAUUAUUGAACCAGCAGUAAACAUAUAUAAAUAUUUCAUUUCAAUUUAAUUUAGAUAAGUUACAAAUAUAAUGAGUAUCAGAUUGCAAUAGAUUCUUAAGGUCAAGAACAUCUUACUUCAAUUAAAUAUAUUAUAUUUUAUUUAUCAAAAUGUAAUAAACGAUAUAAAGUAAAUCCCUAUUUUUAGAUAUAUACAAACAAGUAUUCCAAAUAAUGUAAUAAAGUGAUAUACGACAAACAAUAAUACAAUCGUGGCAAGGGAGCGAACGUAAGAGCUUUAUCAAAUAAAUAAAAUUCGCUGUAAGCAAAUAAAAACCUUUUACGAAGCAGUAUCUUGACACUAUUAAAAUAUAUAUUUUCACAUAAUAUUUAGAGUACCCACCCUAAUAAAUCAAAUCGUAUUUUACUUAGGGGUUCAUUUAGUUCAUUUAGAAUACAAGUUGAUUUAGAUGUAGUAUGUAGUAAUGCCGUGUACAUUGGGUAUAAUUAUGUAUAUACGUAUGUAUAAAAAAAUAAAUCAUUUUUUCUGACAUCUUAACAUGAUGUGCUUGUCUAAUCUUAGAGCGAGCCCCAUUAUUUCGUUGCGUAGUGACGUCGCAGCGACGACGCUGCGUAGUAAACAGAGCCUCAAUAGCCCAACGGUAAGAGCGGACGGUCUCAUCACCGAGGGGUGGUGGUUCCAUCCCCGACCCGUUGGUGUAUUGUCGUACCCACUCGUAAUACAGUAUAUCCCGACUAGUUGGAGGGUAAUGGGAAUAUUGGUCAUAUUUAAAAGAUAUGACAAAUAUUCUUUUUUAAAAAAAAAAAAACAUUGCGUUGUCUCAGCGACAUUUCAACGAAGCUUCGUUGCUACGACGGACAGUGUUUCAUUUGUUUCGAUACACUGUUAAGACUGACUGGGGACGUGCAUCAUUCUAUUGUACUAUGUCCGUUGUGACGACACAACUCAAAGCACUGAUGAGGCAUGUCUCUAAGAAGCGAAUGCGUGUCGUCGCGUACCAAUGAAAAUUGAAUGGAAACCUUACAUUCAUCCAUAGACAAUAAUAUGUAUAUAUGUGAGGUUCCCUAGUCGGCAGGUUAUGGUCUGUGACCAUACAGCCUUCACAUUUGUGUUAAAUUUCCGUGUAUGUGAUAUUAAUGAACUAAUAAGAUCAUUGAUCGUCAGCGUCGUGAUUAUAAUAGAUAAUUGAAUGUAUUAUUAUGAUGCGGUUGGAUCAAAGGUCGAGAGCUCAUAAAAUCUAUGUAAAUGUUAAUUAUACUUAUUAGUGUUAAUAUGUUCGGUCAGCCAUAGGUAACAUCGGGAUCAUUAAAAAAUACGUAUAAAUAAGAUAAUUUGUCUAAGUGCUUUGUUAUAUUAAAAGGAAUUAUUGUCUUCUGGCUAAUAAAAUCAACUAAUUUAUGUUUAUAUUUUUUUGUUAGUUAAUGUCGUAUUGUUUAUAUUGUAAUGUUUAAUUUAUUUAUGAUAUGUAGGAUACUUUAUAGAAAGCUCAAAUAAUAUUUUUAUUUGUGAAAAUAAAUUGUAUAUAAAACAUAA